CGUCUUUUAGUCCAUCGCUUAAGGUUUCAUUCGUGUACUUUUGGUGUGAUAUUUUUAUCGAGAAAACCAAAACAAAAAAAGGAGGAAAAAGUGCGAGUCGGAAAUGUGUGUCGAUGUUUUUUGGCCAAAUUGAUUUUUUUUUUUAAAUUGACGCCUCGAAAAAAAUGUCGCCGACCGUGCCCACGGGGAAUAACGUUGACAAACGGCUCAACGUACAUAAGCCGGGGACGGAAAGGAGGUCAGAGUUCAUCUGCAGGGUUAAAUAUUGUAAUACUCUUCCCGAUAUUCCGUUCGACCCUAAAUUCAUAACGUAUCCAUUUGAAUCGACAAGAUUCAUUCAGUACAACCCGACAUCUUUAGAGAGGAAUUACAAAUAUGAAGUUCUUACGGAGCAUGACCUUGGAGUCACGAUUGAUCUCAUCAAUAAGGAUAUGUAUCUGGCCGACCCGGAUGCGGUUCUCGACCCAGCCGAUGAACGUUUGCUCGAGGAAGACGUUCUCACACUGCAUGAUUCCAAGAGGUCAAGGCAUCAUUCAAGGAGUGUCUCCUGGCUUCGUAGAACUGAAUAUAUUUCAACUGAACAGACUCGAUACCAGCCACAAACAAUGGACAAAGUCGAGGCAAAAGUUGGUUACAGUAUUAAAAAAAGCCUCAAGGAGGAUACAUUAUCUAUGGACAGAGAUAGCCAAAUAAAAGCAAUUGAGAAAACCUUUACUGAUGCGAAGACGCCUAUUGAGAAACAUUAUAGUAAACCGAAUGUAACAGCGGUCGAAGUUCUUCCCCUGUUCCCUGAUUUCAAGUUGUGGAAGUAUCCUUGUGCUCAGGUGAUGUUCGACUCUGAUCCCGCACCGGUCGGAAUGUCUGUUCCUGCACAACUCGAAGAAAUGUCACAAGCUGUUAUAAGGGGUGUAAUGGAUGAGAGCGGGGAACAGUUCGUCGCUUAUUUCCUUCCGACGGCCGAGACCCUUGAAAAACGAAGACGAGAUUUUGCCAGUGGGAUCGAUUAUGAGGACGAUGAGGAGUAUGAAUACAAAAUUGCAAGAGAAUACAAUUGGAAUGUGAAGACAAAAGCCUCAAAAGGUUACGAAGAAAAUUACUUUUUAAUUUUCCGGCAAGACGGAGUUUAUUUUAAUGAACUGGAGACAAGAGUGAGGUUGAGCAAAAGAAGACAAAAGGCUAAUUCACAGCCUAAUAACACGAGGCUUAUUGUGAAACACAUACCGCUCACAGCCGCAGAAUUCAAUAUUCACAGACAGAGAGAGAAACAACUCGAGCCACAUAUUGACGAAGAGGACGAAGAAGAAGAGGAGGAGGAAGAAGAUCAGGCCCAAGAAGAUAAAAAAGAAAACGGAGGAAAAGAGGAUGACAGUGGGAGUGAGAAGGCCAGUAGAAGUGGCAAAGGUAGUGACAGCGAAAAAGAUAAAAGUGGUAGUGAGAGUGGAAGUGAGGUAAGCGAUAAAGAAGAAAGUGAUAAAGACAAUGAUAAAAGGAGUCGAGCUAAUAGUGUUUCUGAUGGAGGAGAACAAAGUGAUAGGAGUAAAAGUAGAAGUCAAAGCCGAAGCAAAAGUAGGAGCAAGAGCCGCAGCGUGAGUAGAAGCAGGAGUAGAAGUAAAAGCAGGAGUAAAAGUAGGAGCAAAAGUAGGAGCCGAAGUGCAAGCAGGAGUCCUAGCCAUAGUAAGAGCAGAAGCCCAAGUCGUAGCAAGAGCAGAAGUAAAAGCCCAAGCCGAAGCCGAAGCUCAUCAAGCUCUUCUGCUCAGAGUAGAAAGAGAACGGGAAAUAAAGUCAGGACUAAUCGCCGAGUCCGGAGCCAGUCUCGCAACAUGUCUUCGUUCAGAGUCGUCUCGCCUCUCCUCAUCCUUUUGAUUUCUUUUUCAAUAACAUACGGCCAAUUUAAAUGCCCGAGUAAGCAUGGGCAGUUCGAAGACUCGAACCAGUGCGACAAGUACUAUGAGUGCGAGGAGGGCGUCGCGACGGAGAAACUCUGCCCGGAUGGACUAGUCUUCGAUCCUCUGAACAGAAAGGUCAACAAAUGCGACCAACCUUUCAACGUCGACUGUGGCGACAGGAUUGAGCUACAGGCUCCCAAGUCGAACCAUCUUUGCCCCAGGAGAAACGGCUACUUCGCCCACCCAGAACCAAGCGUCUGUCACAUUUUCUACAACUGCAUCGAGGGAGAUGCGACUGAGAUAGUAUGCCCCACUGGGCUGCACUUUGACGAAUAUUCCGGCACCUGCGUCUGGCCGGAUUCUGCAGGAAGGACUGGUUGUGGUCAGACCGAAACAAUCAAGCUGAAGGACGGAUUUUCGUGUCCAAAAGAGCAGACGAGCAACGCACAUGGGCAAACUGUGGCUCACCCGGUCUACGCCCACCCUGAGGACUGUCAGAAGUUCUACGUCUGCCUCAAUGGAGUCACACCUCGUGAACAGGGAUGUUCGACGGGCGAGGUCUACAACGAGGAGUCUCAAAAGUGCGACACUCCUGAGAACGUACCUGGAUGCGAGGAUUGGUUCAAAGACGAUCCCAAGGCAGCCCCUGUGGGAAAGAAGAGGUCAAGAAGAAGCGCGUGAUUGCCUCAGAUGGCGUCACUAUAAAGACUGGUGCAAGAAAUCAUUUUCUAUACAUAACAAAAUAAAGUUUUUGGUAUUAGUUUUUUA